UGCAUCUAUGCACCGCUGAUUUUCUUCUUCCUCUUCUUCUUCCUCCUCUCUUCCCUUCUCUUCAACCUUCUUUCUCCUCCGCCUCCGCCACCUCUCCUCUUCUCUCCUCCUCUCUCUGGUCGUUCCAAAAAUGGCAGAACCCUCUAAGGUUAUUCACGUGCGCAAUGUGGGGCAUGAAAUUUCUGAAAAUGAUUUGCUUCAACUAUUCCAGCCGUUUGGGGUAAUAACUAAGCUUGUAAUGCUCCGUGCUAAGAAUCAGGCUCUUCUUCAGAUGCAAGAUGUUCCUUCAGCCAUAAAUGCUUUGCAGUUCUAUACAAAUGUUCAGCCAACCAUAAGGGGGAGGAAUGUUUAUGUUCAAUUCUCAUCUCAUCAGGAACUAACAACAAUGGAUCAGAAUUCUCAAGCACGAGGUGAUGAGGUUGGUAAUUAAUUCAUAGAGGAGUAAAUUCAAAAUCUAUAAUUGUUGAGCUUCAUGGAAACAAGAUUAAGUGUGUAGUAACAUUUGGAUUUUAGUCUAAUAGCUGAAUUUCAUGGUUCCAAAAUAUUUUCUUCUUGCCUGAGGUGUUUCUGGAUGAUGAAAAGGUUGUGUUGUCUUGUAAAUAAUAUAAAGCAAAGCAUUUUAAGGUACUGAAAGUCAAAUUAUCAUUUUAGGCAAUUGAGCUACUUGGUAACUUAUUCUGUUGUAGGAUUUCUGUUUCAAUGUCUUGUUAAAUCAACUGCUGAUACAUGGCCCAAUUCUUUGUACUGCAAUUUUUUGUGCUUUCCAAUUGUCAGACUUUAGAGGUGCAUUUAAUCUGAGAUGAUAAUUUCACUGUGACAUAUAACUAAUAGAUUUACAGAAAUAUG